AUGCCUGACACCUCUCCCGACAGUUUCGACGCACCCACAAUCACAACGGAAGCCCAAUCCUCUCUCCUGCGUAUUUCCCGCCGGCAUUCGCUCCCUGCAUCCACAACUUUUUCAAAUAUCUUCUCCCUCUGGGGCAACGAUAAUGAUCCUGCUGCUCCGCCCGGCCGCGAUCACCACAACCAUCAGAACAACGUCAAUCAGCGGCAACAGCAGCCCAGUUCCAACAGGGCUCCACGCAUAGUAAAUGGAAAUGGAAGCGGGGUGGGAGGAAAUAGACACAGGUAUGGACAUCGUCAUACCAGAAGCGCGGUGGUCGACCAGCCCGUCAUUGUCAAAAGCUAUAACCCUGGGCCAGCUUCUUCUAGCAUCGCGUCCCCGAUCCACGAGGAGGAUGAUCCGGAGAAGCUCGUGCUUCCAUCCAUAGACUCCUUUUCCUUUGACGGCAUUCUUAAAUCAAUAGAGCCCGAAGUUACGGGCGCACUUAGUGCCGUUUCCCGGCUCUGCUCUGAGUAUCAGUCAUCCUUACAAACCGAGGUCGACGGGCUCGUCGAAGCCCAGUCGCAUAUCGACGCGCGAAUGAAGGAGGCCGAUAAGCUAACUGCGCAGGCAUUAAAGACUACUAAAAUUCGCACCGAGCGUUUAGAUUCAGAAUCAUCUGGUUUGAAAGGAGGAAGUGCUGUGGACGCAUUAGCAGAAGCCGCUGAAGCCACCCAUACUACAUUAACAUCUAUCGUUACUACUUUACUAGCUAUCGACGAAAUGCUUCCGGCACAAGAGCGCUUGUCGCCAUUAACCUCGGCGCACAAGAAACACUACCCAAAGCUGCACGGACUUCUUGCGGAAAAGGCUCAUGAACUCAACGUUCUUUUUAGGUCUGGCAAAUCAGCUGAGACGACCCCCGUGCCCAGACAUUCCCGGUCUGAAGUUGGCGAAGCUUCAUCGUCCAGAGAACACGAAAAUUCGGUAUGGAUGCGAAGGCGAAUGUCCUCAACGCCAACUUCUGAGAUUAUGCUCAACGUUACUGCACCAGCAUUAGCCCACUCAAAUGCCUUUUCGCACCCCCGAGGUGUGGCUUCACCUCAUCUCCAACUUCGUACUGUUCUUCCUUCACCAUCUUCGCCUGCCCCCGACCCGGGAUCUGCGUCUACGGGCUCUUAUUACCCAAUACCCCCCAAAACCGCAACUUCCAUCUCACUCACAAGCCCCACCGGUAACAGUAUUGCGCCUGUUUCACCUCAGCCCAACAGGAGACAUUCGGGAUUAUGGGGACGGCGUGCUAGCUCCUCAGCAUUGGCCUACUUCCCGGAAGGGACUUCAACAAGAACAAAUACCCCAACCGCUGAAAGCAGGGGAUGGAGACAUUCGGGGAGUUGGGGUGGGCUUUUUGGCGGGGGAGGGAAGCGGAGUUCUUUGUUGUCAGCAGAUAACGGUAGCGAGCCUGAUGGCGCACAAGAAAGGCUCAGAAGAGUGCUAGAAGCUGGGACCGAUAGCCGAAGAGGAAAAGGCAAAGCUGUUGUGCUUUAA